AUGAUGGCACGAGCAAUCUACAUAUUUCUGAUAUUCUGCGUUCCGACAUAUUUGAUGGCAAAUGAAGAGAUACCUACCGAACCCAACUGUGAGGCAUGUCGCACAGCUUGUAGGGAUGGUAGGGAUGGCAGAGAUGGCAUUGCUGGCCGCGAUGGCAGGGACGGUGUCCCGGGUGCAUGUCUCGGAGAAAAUGGCGAAAAAGGAUACGAUGGGCCUCCUGGAUCAUGUGUAGAACGAAAAGUAUAUCAGUGCACAUGGGACAGUUCCAACGAUGACACUGACAUGGGAAUUAUACAUCAAUGCAAUGCAACAAAGCUCAGCAACACGACAGGUCUGCUUGUGAGAUGGUCAGGCAGCCUACGCAACAGGGGCGAUCAGGUGUGUAACCGCUGGUUCGUCACCUUUAACGGAACAGAGUGCUUGAUCCCAGCUUUGAUAGACGCGCAACUGUACAGCGGAGGCGAUGGAAACUCAUUCGGACCAGCUACGAUUGAAGGCAUCUGCUACGCGUUGCCACGUGGAGAGGUUCAGAUCGAGCUGCGUGUCGGGUCAUGUCUGUAUUAUUCCCUCGGAGACAGUUUGACUGGAUGGGAUAGCGUUUCCCGCAUGAUCAUAGAAGAGGAAACAGAAGAGCCUGGAGUUGUCAGUUCGCCCAUCCUGUCCUCCAUGCUCGAGUGA